AUGGACACCACCCUUGUCCCCGUCCUCAUCUCGCUGUUCCACCCGCACCCGCGCACCCUCUCGCUCGCCCUUCCCCCCUCGACCCCGAUCUCGUCCCUCUCGACCCUCCUCGCGCCCUACUGCCCGCCGGCCGCCCAAGUCCUCGCCCACUCCUCGGGCAAGCCCCUCCCUCGCUCCCCUUCGUCCACCCUCGCCCACCUCGAUGGCGCCACCACCCCGACCUCGUUCGUCGCCCUGCGCCUCACGCCCCGCCUCGCCGGCGGCAAGGGCGGCUUUGCGUCGCAGCUGCGCGCCCAGGGCGGCCGCAUGAGCUCGAACAAGGCGCAGAACACCGACUCGUGCCGCGGCCUCGAUGGCAGGCGCCUGUCGACCCUUAAGGAGGCGAAACGGCUCGCCGACGCGCUCGAGAACGAGCCCGACCGCCUCGCCGCCCAGGCCCUCGCCAAGCAGAAGCGCCUCGAGGAGCUCAACAACGAGAUUCGCAGGCUCGAGCAGCAGGCGGGCGUCGCGGCGUCUUCUUCGUCGGGCUCGGCGGCGGCGGGAGGACCGGUCGCGAGCGGGAGCGGCAUCGGGUCGGCGUCGGGCGCAGCGCAGGACGGUGCGCGUCCCGCACCGAGCGCAGGCGGGUCCGGAGCGGUGGGGGGCAAGCGUCGCCUCGAUGACGCCAAGUACGUCGAGGAGAGCAAGGAGAUCGUGUCGGGCGUAAAGGACGCCGUCCGGGCGGCCAUGAUGAAGAAGCGCAAGAAGGCCAAGACGGACGCGGCGGCGCCCGCUGCGACGGUCGAGAAGGAGAAGGAGAACAAGGGCAAGGCCGGCGCGGGCUCGGCCAAGGACAAGGGCAAGGGCAAGGCGACCGAGGAGGACGAGGACGUGGCUGUUGCGGGCGCGGUCGAGGAGGCGUGAGCGAGGGGAGCGGUUUCUACUCGUCGGGCUCUCGAGCAGAGUCGGCGUCGUCGUGUUGUGCUCGUAUCUCUGCCGUCUGUCUGUCGCUCUCUCUCUGGUUGUAUCACGCGCGAUUGCCGUCC